AUGGCUGCACGAAAGAAGCGCCUCUCGAAGCCACGGAAAUCUGGCAAGUCGAACAGCGAUGGCGGUGGAAAUAAAGCGAACUCACCGAAGAAGAGGGGAAAGCGUCGAAGCCAGAAUGACACUACUGUUUUUACGAUGGUAUGUUUGGAUCUUUCAUAUACGUUUUGAUAUGUCAUUUUUGGUAUUUUAUGUUAAUCUUUCAGAAUUUUUUUUGGAAUUUUGACAUUAUUUUUGAAAUUUUUUAAAAAUUUACUUAUAUUUUGAAUAUUAAAAACCCUUUUUGAUAUUUUAGGCUUAAAAUCUUUAUCAAAAUCUAUAUUUUUAAGGACCAACAGACCAAAUGUCAGAAUGACGAUGAAUCUGGAAUGGAGAGUCGUCGGAAGCCAAAGAUCGCCAAACAGAAGUCCAUGUGCAUGGUAAGGGUGAUUUUGUUGUUUGACUUUGAUUCUCAUAUCAUACUAAAAGGGAUUUACGAUAAGGUUUUUACUUCGACCGAAGAUACCGUCGUUUAAAGCCCAAAAAAGCUGCUGUUCUCCAAGCGGAUUCGAACUUUUUGGAUUUUUGACAUUUUUGACCUAAUGUAAAUUUGCCAAAACAUAAUAUAUGGAGUUGAAAUUUUGGUAAAUAACUUAGUUUGAUAAGUUCUACAAUACUCUUUUUUCAAAUAUUGUUUUAAUUAAAAAAAUUUUUUUGAAAAAUAUUGAACUUGGUCCUCUCUGUGAAGUUUUUUUGUUCAAACUUUAUAUUUCAAUUUUACUGGUAGAAACUGACAUUUGUUUUAGAAUAUUGAUAUCUUUGGAUACUAUAAGAUAGAAAGAUAGUAAAACAUUCAAAAUUUCUUAAGUUCACACCUAAUUUACCUCAUUUUAGCCCGUAACAGCCUACCAAGCCCCCACCAAGAUGAAAGACGUCCAGCUUCAGCGCGAUGAGCGUGGCUUGUGCCGAGAGAAGCCGGAGUCCCAGGAACAGAAGGAUCUUUGCAAGAAGAUUGUGGAUUGGAUAUUGGGCACGGGUCCGGCCGCAUUACUGGAGAUGUAUACGAGGGAACUCAAGGCGUAUGCACCUGAUAAGGCGACACACUUUGCCUUCGACAACAAUCCGGAUAAGAACCGUUAUGCAGGUAGGUAGCUUUGAAUUUAAUCGUUGUUUGAGUGUGUUUUAGUGUGGUAAUAAGGGAAGGGAAAGGGUAGGUAGGAUAGGGUAGGGCAGGGUAAAGUAGGGUAGAUUUGAGUAGGAUAGGGUUGGGUAGGUCAGGGUAGAGAGGUAGAGAGGGGUGGGGAAUGUUAAGGUAAGGUAGAGUAGCAAAAAGGUAGGGUAGUAUAAAAUACAGUAAGAUGAAGUACUGUAAGAUGUGUUUUUACCGUCAUUUCUACCUCUACCCGUUCCUCUACCUCUGUCUUAAAAAAAAAGUGCUUUAAGAAUAACACUGCCCAAAAAAUUGUUUUAAUAAUUUUAUCAUGCCUUAAUAACGUUUUUUAAACUUACAAUGCCUAAAAAAUAUUUUUUAAAUUUACCCUGCCCAAAAAAAUAUUUUUUUUUACUUUUACCUAGCCCGAAAAAUAAUCUUUUUUUUAAUUUUACCCCGCCCGAAAAUUAUUAUUUUUAAAUUUUACCCCGCCCGAAAAUUAUUAUUUUUAAGUUUUACCCCGCCUGAAAAAUAUUUUUUAAAAUUUUACCCCGCCCAAAAAAUAUUUUUUUUAAAUUUUACUUUGCUCUAGAAAUUAACCUACUGUAUUUUUGAAUUUUGCUUACUUAAGAAAUACUUUACACUAUUUUAGUCUAUUUUUGUGGUAGACUUGUUGCGAGCGUGAGAUCUCGACAAUUUUACUCUAGCUUACCUUAUUCUACCCUACCUUACCUUUACCUAUCCUACUUUACUCUAGCCUACUCUAUAUCACCCUACCCUGCUCAACUUUUGCCUUAUUAUCAAAAUUUUUACGAAUUUAAAAAAUAUUAGACUAUGGCUACAGUAAUUCUACAGUACAGUAAUAUACAAGGCAUUUUCAAAAAAAUUUUGCAAAAGUUCUUAAUUUCAUUUCUAAAACUCUUUCUUCAGACGUCAUUUGUGGUGAUCAGCACCGUGUGAUCCUUCGCCUGGACGACGGAUGUCACGACUACAUUCACGCCAGCAUUCUCCGUGACCAUCCCCUCCAGAAGGCGUACAUCUGCACCCAGGGACCUCUCGACUCCACCGUUGCCGACUUCUGGAGGAUGGUGGUUCAGCAAGACGUCAGCACCAUUGCCAUGCUCUGCGAGGUGGUGGAGAUGAGGAAGACCAAGUGUGCCCAGUACUGGCCGAAGGGACUGAACGAAGAAGCUACGUAUGGAGGUAUGGUUGGUUCUUGAUUUUAUGAGUUUGGGAGGGGGAUGGGUCGGUGGAUUUUAGAUUGUUUUUUUUUUUGGUUUUUGGGUAUGGUAGGUUAGAUUAUAUAUGUCAGUGGGGGGGGGGGGGGCGGUAGAUUUUGUGUUUCAUGAUUUAGGGGAUGGAUUUAAUAAUUUUUUUGGGUGAACUUUGGGUUGGGUGGGGUAAAUUUUUUAUUUUUUUGGUUUUUGGGGUAUGGUAUUUUAGAGUAUGUUAGUCGGGGGGGGGGUUAGAUUUUGGGUAUAAUAGCAUAUAUUUUGGAGUUGAUACGGUAAGGUCAGUAGAGGACUACUGUAGAAAUAGGGGUACGUAAAAAGCAGCUUUCCUACCUUACCCUGCCUUAACCUAACUUUUCCAACCCGAUCCUAUUCUACCGUUUUCUACUAUACCCCACUUUGUCUUACCAUAUCCUAUCCUACCUGCUUUGCCCUACCCUACUCUACCCUACUCUACUCUAUCCUAUCUUACUCUGCCUUACUCUCCUCUAUUUUAACACUUCCUUCCCUAUCUUACUGUACCUUCAUCUACGCCGUCCUACCUUCUACCCUAUGUGCAAGGCUAUGGUCGGGCAGGUUAAAAAUUUUCACUUUCAGUCUACACAGUUAAGAACACAGGAACAAAGUCCGAAGGCGACAAGCGCUUUAUGAUCACGACCCUCAUGGUUACCGUGCCGAAACGUGACAAGCCCAUGGAGGUGAGCCAUUACCUUUGGCUGAACUGGCCUGAUCGUGGCGUUCCAGACACCACCAAAUGCCCAUUAAGACUGCUGAAGAUGUUCCGCAAGGACAACAAGGCCACCGUGGUUCACUGCUCGGCAGGCAUCGGCCGGACUGGCAGUGUGGUGGCUAUUGAAUGGAUCCUCCAAUCCAUUAUGGCAUUAUCCGAUGUUCCUUUGCCGGAUAUGAUUCGACAGGUUCGGGGUGGGUUUUUUGGAUUUUUUGUUCGUUUAGGUAUGGAACCUGAGUUUUUUUUAAAAAUUUUUAGGUAACAAAUCUAAGUUGUUGAGUUCUCAGUUAUGAAUAGCUGAUUUUCUCGGUAUUUGAGGUAAUAAAAGCAGAUUUUUUUGUUGUUUUAGGUAAUAAAAAUGAUUUUUUGGGUAUUUUUAGGUGUUAAAGUUGAGUUUUCUUGGUAUUUUAGUUAUAAAAUUAGAAUAAAAAGUGGAUUUUCUUGGUAUUUUAGGUAAUAAAAGUGAAUUUUUUGGUAAAUGAAGUAUUAAAAUUUGGCUUUUUGUUAUUUUAAGUAUUAAAAUUAAAUUUUUUUGGUAUUUUAGGUAAUAAAAGUAAAUUAUCUUUGUGUUUUAAGAAAAGUUAAUUUUCUUAGUAAUUUAGGUAAUAAAAUGAACAUUUUUGUGAAUUUUAGGUAACAAACGUAAACUUUUUUUGAAUAUUUUAGGUAUAAAAUUGGAUUUUUAAAUAUUUUAAAAUUUGUUAUCUAAAAAAAUUUUUCGGUUGCAAAAUUUCCUAAAAUGUUCAUUUUGUUACCUAAAUUCCGCAUUAUCAGUAAAAAGCUUUGAAUUUUUUGUUUUGUUACUUAAAAUUGAUUUUAGGUAACAAAAUUGUUAUUGUUUUUAUUUUAAAAAAUGCAUAUUUUUAUUGAUACAGUUUUAUGCAUUUUGGUAACAAAAUCUUUAAAAUUUCCAUUGGAUUUCUGAAAAUUUUUAUUUUGUUACCUAAAAGGUUAAUUUCGAUUUGAAAUUUCUAAAAAAUGUCUAUUUUAUUACCUGAAAUUCUUUUUUUUUAUCUCAAAACCUUUAAAUUAUUUAAUUUUAAUACCUAAACUCCUCAUUUCGAGCCUUAAAGACUAAUAUCUUACCCUACCCUCUUCUACCUUACCCUGCCUUAUCCUGUCCUACCAUACCCUACCCUAUCAUACUUAUUUUUUGAUUUCAGCCCACCGUCUCCAAGCCGUCCAGACCCAUGUGCAAUUCCUUUACAUUUGCCGUGUGAUAUUGGAGUUCUACCAGGCGUAUGGAGACCUGAAUGAUGAGAUGAAGAAGAAGAUCACCGACUUCCACAAGUUGGCCAACCACGUCACUCAAGCCCACAUGAACGAGGAUAUCUACGCCGCUCCCAAGAAGAGAUGA